ACCACUAGGUCAGGUUCACGGUAUCUAACUACCAGCGUAAACAUACAGAGGGCACAAUAGAGGCAGAGUAGUAAGUAAACACCACAAGAGUCUUCUGUUUGGCCGGACCACUGUCUUCUUGUUGUUGUCGCUCACUGGGAGGAAGAAGGGCGAGGAUAGUAUGGCUGCACUUUCUCCACAGAUCCGAGGACUUCAGACAGAUGAGGAGGAAUCCAGAAUUCUAAAAGUGAAAGUCAUUGCAGGAAUUGGGCUGGCCAAAAAAGAUAUACUUGGAGCCAGUGAUCCAUAUACAAGACUGUCCCUCUAUGACCCUGUCAAUGGAGAAAUCACAAGUCUUCAGACUAAAACAAUAAAAAAGACAUUGGACCCGAAAUGGAAUGAAGAAUUCUUUUUCAGAGUUGAUCCCAGGAAGCAUCGUAUGCUGUUGGAGGUGUUUGAUGAGAACCGUCUGACACGUGAUGACUUUCUGGGACAGGUGGACGUCCCCUUAAAUCAGAUACCGACAGAAAAUCCUAACACAGAAAGGCCAUACACAUUCAAGGAUUUUCUGCUUCACCCACGAAGCCACAAGUCCAGAGUCAAAGGUCACCUGCGUCUCAAAAUGACCUACCUGCCAAAAAACCCUGGUUCAGAGGAGGAAACAGCAGAUCAGACUGAGGAUCCUGGUUGGGAGUUUCUGGAAGCUCAGGACAUGUCAGGUCCCAGACAAAGCCAGCUGCUGCCCUCUCUGCCCCCUGGCUGGGAGGAGCGGCAGGACAACCUGGGAAGAACCUACUUUGUCAAUCAUGAGAGCAGAACCACACAGUGGCAACGACCCACAAUGCAGGAUGGUGAUGUGGAGUUGCAAAGAAGACGGAACAAUAAUAUGGAGGUGGAGCAUGCUUUCAUAACGCGCAGACAGAUCUCAGACCCUGAUGAGAACACCACACGAGAGUCUCCUGAGAGCUGGGAGAUCAUUACAGAGGACGAGUCCACCUUGUACCACAGCAACAACCAGCUCGCAUCACCUGCACCCUGCACACCUGUGCCUGAGUUCCACUCGUUCUGCGACGAGCUGAGAAACGUUCACAUUUCAGGGGCCACAGCUGGCGAGCUGCACACCUCCCAGACAGAUCAUGCUAGUAAUUCAAGUCAUUCCAGUCUCAGAGGAAGUGUCCGGUCUUCAUCAGGAGAGGAACACCCCGUUAAUCCUGUGCUGCUUCCAACCUCAACUGGGCUGCCUCCAGGCUGGGAGGAGAAGCGAGACAACAAAGGAAGACGCUACUAUGUCAACCACAACAGCCGCACCACUUCAUGGACGCGACCCCUCAUUCAGAGAACAUCAGAGUCAGCAGCAACAGCAGCAGCAGCACAGAGUAGUGCAGGUUUACCCCAGAGCUCUGCUCCGCCCCAACCGCCUGCCCCCCCUGAGGAGUCUCCUCAGCACACCCCAAGCCCCGAGCCCACAUAUGAAUCUGGAUUCCUGCCAACUGGUUGGGAGGUUCGCAGUGCUCCCAAUGGAAGACCCUUUUUCAUUGACCACAAUACAAAGACUACUACCUGGGAAGAUCCCAGGCUAAAGAUUCCUGUGCAGCAGAGGAGGAGAGGCUCACUCGACCCAGCUGAUCUUGGCCCUCUGCCACCCGGUUGGGAGGAGAGGGUCCACACUGAUGGGAGGAUAUUCUACAUAGAUCACAACACCAGGACCACACAAUGGGAUGAUCCCAGAUUACAGAACUCAGCUAUAACUGGACCAGCAGUGCCUUAUUCCAGAGAUUAUAAACAGAAGUAUGACUACUUCCGGAAGAAGCUGAAGAAACCGGCUGACAUCCCAAACCGUUUUGAGAUGAAGAUGAGACGAAAUGCGGUGCUGGAGGACUCAUACCGACGCAUCCUCUCAGUUAAGAGGGCAGACCUGCUGAAGGCACGACUGUGGGUGGAGUUUGAGGGAGAAAAGGGACUGGACUACGGUGGCGUAGCCAGAGAGUGGUUCUUCCUCAUGUCUAAGGAGAUGUUCAACCCGUACUAUGGACUGUUCGAGUAUUCUGCCACGGACAACUACACACUGCAGAUUAACCCUAACUCAGGUCUAUGUAAUGAGGACCACCUGUCCUACUUCAAGUUCAUCGGCCGUGUGGCAGGCAUGGCCGUGUAUCAUGGCAAACUGCUCGACGCUUUCUUCAUUCGGCCUUUCUACAAGAUGACGCUGCAGAAGCCCAUCACUCUCCAGGACAUGGAGUCCGUUGACAGUGAAUAUUUCAACUCCUUGAUGUGGAUUUUGGAGAACGACCCAACAGACUUGGAUUUGAGGUUCACCAUUGAUGAAGAGCUGUUUGGACAGACUCACCAGCAUGAACUGAAGCCGGGCGGGGCGGAGAUUGUCGUCACUAAUGACAAUAAGAAGGAAUACAUCCAUCUGGUGAUGCAGUGGAGGUUUGUGAACAGGAUACAGAAGCAGAUGACUGCCUUCAAAGAGGGCUUCUUUGAGUUGAUACCACAAGAUCUGAUCAAGAUCUUCGAUGAGAAUGAGCUCGAGCUGCUCAUGUGUGGUCUCGGAGAUGUGGAUGUGAACGACUGGAGAGAGAACACCAAGUACAAGAACGGCUACGGCUCCAACCACGUCGUUAUCCAGUGGUUUUGGAAAACGGUGCUGUUGAUGGAUGCAGAAAAGCGAAUUCGGCUCCUACAGUUUGUGACAGGAACAUCAAGGGUCCCAAUGAAUGGCUUUGCUGAACUCUAUGGGUCUAACGGACCACAGCUGUUCACCAUCGAACAGUGGGGGACAAGUGAUAAACUCCCCCGAGCCCACACAUGCUUCAAUCGACUGGACCUGCCUCCUUAUGAGUCUUUUGAGGAGCUGAGGGAGAAACUUCACAUCGCCAUAGAGAACGCACAAGGCUUCGACGGUGUGGAUUAGUGCUUCUGCUGUAAUUGAGCUGUACGAACUUACUGCCAUCAGAGGAAAACCAAAUAUGGGAGAAACAAGCUGUGCAUCAGACUCAGGUCUUAACCUGCCAGCUGUGUGACAGAUGAAGGACAGUCACACAACCUUCACUCUGUUGAAGCACACGCGGAAAAAGGACAUUAAAUCUGGAGUGACAGAGGUUUAAUCACUCCACGUGUUCUGAAGUUUACAAAGCAAAAAUGCAAAGCUAUAUAUUGUAUAACAAAAACAUGUAACUUUAAAAAACAUUUGUUUCAUUUGGGCUGAAUUGCCUCAGGAAAACUUAACAAUCAGUUUCUCACAUCAGGUACUUGUGAGAAUUCUGUCUUCACAUUUUAGUAAAUGAGUUUAGUUAUGUUUCUCCCCUUUUGAAAUCCCUUAACUUGUCCUUUCACCACAUGUUAGUGCUGGAAAGAGUGGACCACUAUGACAUUGGAAUGAAAAGAAGAGAAAUCACAUCUCCUGUGCAAUACCAUUUAAUACCAAAGUCCCAAGUCCCUUUAAACAUGACAUAAAAUAUAUAUAUAUAUAUAUAUAUAUAUAUAUAUAUAUAUAUAUAUAUAUAUAUAUAUAAAAGCAUGACAUUAUACAUUCAUUAUAUAUUUUAUGUUGAAUAUAUUAUAUGUCGAAUCAACGAUGUGUCAUUAGCAAAACCUAAUGAUGAAUUGGCAAUUCAGCCUAAAUUAAACAGACAUGGAUAUACUUUCUCUCCUUUUCUCUUUUAAUUUAAAUUCUUUACAUAAUUAUACAUAUUUCAUUCCAUCACACUAGAAACACUGAUGCAAAUCCCAGAUCCAUGCACCUCAAAAGCAGUCAUAGCAGAAAAUGUGCAGUUUAUGUACAAGUUUUAGUGCGACCUCCCUUACAGCAAGUGUGUCAUUUAAUCAUUAUUGUAGUGAUGUAUUAACAUCAGGACCAGUAACAGACUAACCUAAUUAUACAGUAGUUUGUAUCUAUGUAGGCCACCGAUCCAAAAAAGUGACUACAUGCAGUGUUAGAUUGUGCUGAAUACUAUGCAUAAUUGUACAUACUGACUUGAGAUUGAAUUGAAUAUCACUCGAUUUUUGAUUUUUCUUUUAUUACAUACACAGAUUUACUGUAGUAAAUAUAGUGAAGCAUUUAUUGAAACUGUUAAAAGUGACUCAGAUUGACAGUUUGGUUAUUGCACCUCUACCUUAUACGUACUUUUAGUAUUUCAUUUAUGAUCAGUAGCCACUCAUACUCAAGUUCAACACUGACUGUGCAUCAGAGGAAUAUACAAAUGUAUAUACACAUUAUAUCUCCUGGCCAGUAGCUUAUAGAAACAUUAUCUGACAGACUGGCCCUAUCAUACAGUAUGUUAAAUAUUCUGUUUUGUUGCCUUUUGUCAAUAAGUGAUAUCAUUUUGUUUUCUUCUACUCAUCAUGGGUGUCUAAUUGCAGCACAGUGCUCUAUUUUUAAGAGUACAACUUUAAAAAUUGUUUUGUUGGUUGUCAAAAUGUGUACAGUCUGUUUUAAAAAAUGAGUAAUCACUUGUAAUACCUUUGUAGGAAAGUAGCUGUACUUAAGCAGUCAUUUUAACGUUUUCUGAAUGGUAAAACGCGUUUACACCACCUGCCAUGUUUACAGGUCGUUGAUAAAGGAAGAUCCCGUGGGCUGGUUCUGUCUCUGACAACACAAUUUUAUACUUAUGCUUUUAUAAAGUGAAGCACUUUGUUAAUAUCGAUGAGUCUUACUUCUGAACUGUCUGAAUCUUUGCCAAUCUGUCACCUGCAGACUGCUUGAAUCGCUCUUUCAGGAAACUGAUCCUAUGCUUCAAGUGCACGUGUUUAAAUGUUUACAUGUAAACAUUGCUGAAGAUAAGCACAUUCUCUUCUUUCACUUCUAUUUAAAAUGAAAUACCGAGGCCUUCGUUUGUAAUGUGUUGUAGACUUUGAUUGUUUAUUGAUGUUCUAAUCUCUAAACGGAAGAACUGUUCUAUAUGUAUUGUUGUCUACUGAAUAAUGAUGAUAGAUCAACACUUAAUUUCUGAUAUAUCAAAUUUUGCUAUUAUAGAAUUGAAUUAUAACACCUAUAAGUGCAUUACAACAACAACAACAUGCAUGCAACAUAUAUACACAAUACUUUAAAGGGUGGAAUGAACUUUAGCUGUUAAAUCCCAAUUUGAUGACAUAUAGCAUACCAAAUUAAAUACAUUUGAAAAAUAAAGUAAUAAAAAAAUCAAGUGUCUUCAUCUCUAACUUUCCCACAUAUUCAGUUGUUGAUUUGUUUUCUGCUUUGUGUUUCAACAGUAAAUAACUGUAUGUUUGAACUGUGAUUUCAUGCUGAUGAAUGUGUUGCAGUAUUUGCUUUAUAGACACAAGUAUGUAAGUUUGAUGAUUGUAUUUUGGAGCAGAUAUUUGCUGUUUUUGUUUUUGACACCUUCUGAAAUUUUAUUUUUUGACAGCUGAUGCUGAUGUCUUGCUUCUAUUGUUUCAGAAUACCCAUCCUCAACUCCUUCCA